AUGAUCUUCCCAAAAGGUGCCGUUGCCUCUGUUCCAGCUUUGCCUAACACAGCAUCCACAGCACGCAAGCGAUCCCCGAGUCCGGGACGGUCCGCUCAUUGCCCGCACACGAAGCAGCACAGCACAAACGAACUUCAACAACAUCUCUCCGGCAAAAUUCUGCAGCAGCUCAGAACCGAGGUUCAGCAGCGGCUUCAGCAAAAGGUGAAGGAGCAAUUGCAUACCUACAGGCAGCAGAUUCCAACUCCCACUAACCAGAAAACCCUGUGUGAUCGAAGAGCAAAUGGACAGAUUGUUCACUUGCCUCAACCUGAGGCACCUCAGGAUAAAGGGAGCGCCGCGCAAGCUGAAAUGGAUAUGCUGCAGCAGCACGACAGAACUAGGUGGAGCUCUGAAACUUCUGCCACUGGAACGGCUACUCCAGUGUUUUUAUCGGGCAGUCGUGGGAAGAAACGUGGACCAAGCAGGCUCAAGCGUUCCUAUUCUGGGCCGGUAAAUGCUACCUUCCAACUCUGGGACCAGCCGGCCCUACCGAAUCCGGUUCCAGAAGCCUGCGAGCAGAGGAUGCAAUGGCUUCAGUCUUGGUCUUCGGAGGCUCAGGGGUUGAAAGAAAAGCAACUACUGGCUACGCUAAAAGAAUUGAAUACAAGACCGGACUUUGCUUUAGUAGACGUGUGGAGAGUGUUUGAUCCAGAAGGCGCUGGCAUCUCCGAGGCACGCCGGGUACAAGAUGGCUUCAGCCGACUCGGCAUCCGUUGUUCUGGCCAAGAAGCUCAGUGCUUCAUCUGGUAUUACUGCCCUCCCCAUCCUAUUGGGCGAUUUCGCGUUGGGUGGCCCGAUCUUUAA